AUGACAAAAGGCCUUGAUCUGCAUUUUCCUCAUCAAACAGGUUUCCUCAGCCUCACUGCUGCAGCUGUCUCUCACCAAUUUGUGAACGAAGCAAAGAACUGGACUGAAGCCCAGAGUCACUGCAGGAGCCAUUACACAGACCUGGCAACCCUCUACAACACUGAUGAUGUGAAUGCGCUGACUCAACUAGGCAGCCCGACCGGCUCUGCUUGGAUUGGACUCUAUGAUGACUUGAUCGACAGCUGGAGGUGGUCCAUCACAAACAGCAGCUUCUAUGGGCCUGGAGAGACAGAGUUUAGGAACUGGAAUGUACCACAGGAACCAAAUAAUGCCUUCGGGCAAGAGCUGUGCGCUCAUAUGCAAUCUGAUGGAACAUGGAACGACCUACCCUGUGCAUCUGCUUUUAUAAAUUUUGUCUGUUAUGGAGGUAAUGAUCAGUAUGUUCUCAUAAACCAAGGUAGGACAUGGAAUGAUGCCCAAAGUUACUGUAGAGCCAACUACAUUGAUCUACCAAGCAUUAGGAACGCAACAGAAAAUGAAAAGGUCCAGGUUGUAGCCAACGGUAACAACGUAUGGAUCGGUCUGUACAGAACCAGAACUUGGUCGGACGGCAGUGACUCUUCUUUCAGACACUGGAAUUCGAGCCAACCUGAUAACCUGAAUGGCCAACAACACUGCACUGCAAUGUCAUUUAGUGAUGCCGGCCAGUGGACAGAUGAGGACUGUGCUACCACCCUUCCUUUCUUCUGCUACAUAGCAGAUAGGCCUACUGUUGUCACUCUCAGGGCUGUGGUUGAUGCUGCAGAUGAGCUAACCGAAGCUGAGAUUGAAGAGACAAUCCUGAAACCACUUCGUGAGGAGCUCAUCAGAAAUGGGCUUCCAAACAGCACCAGUCUGAGGCUGAGAAAAGUUUACCAGACCAACCCAUGAAGACAUCUGUCUGAUUCAACAUUCAUUAGUUAAUCUUUUACAUUAUUGCUGUGGUAUAGCACAACAUUACCUGAGCAACCCAUGAUUUUUCUGAUUCUUCUGUAAUAAACUGCUACAUUAAAUGAAAUCAAAUCAAAUGAUCCUCUUUAAAUGCAUUAUACUGUACUCUAGUGCCAUUUUGAUGUGGUGAAAGCACUGCAUGGCGUCCAUGAUCAGGAGAUGAUUAUAGCUUAAUACAUUUAAUGGUAUUUUGCAAACAUCAGUAUGGUAGGGGGAAGCAAAGUUGUGAGUCUCAGGAAAAUAAUAGGAAGUCUGAGCAAUGCUAUGGAAAUACUUCAGUUAGCACAUUCUUCUCACUCCAUUGGUAGGCCUAGUUGAU